GUUGUUGUCACGGACGCUUUACGUGCCGGAAAUAAAAAAAGACAGCUGGACACAACAUAACAUUCAUUGAUUAACCAGGAUCAUUGAGCGCUCGAUACGUUUGCAGUGAUUUUAUUCUGCCAAGGAAGCUCUUACUGAACCGAGUCAAGGUUUUUGUUUUUAUUGUGGUCGGGGACGUUCAGGGACAAUCGUGUAAUGGUAUUAGGGUUACGUACUUUCACGUUGAAGUAGGUGAUUUUCUGUCAUUUCUACAAAUGCCUUUCGCUGAUAUCAAUCUCGUUGCGCUAAAAGACUGAUGAUGCUGGCUGUGUGUCGCCAAACGCAUUCUCAUUCCAUCGGGAGACCGUAAGGGAGGUUUCGGAAGCAAUAGCUGCUUGCAGACAUCUUCCCAGGCGGUGGUGCAGACAGAGCGUGACGAUGACAGAGGGAAGAAGAAAAGGCGAAAUAAUAAAGGACAAGCUUUACUGCAUGGAGUGGCCUGAAGACUUUCCUGAAGAUCAAGCCUUUGUUGAGCUGCUUGUUCCUGCAUUCUCCAGUGAACUGGACUUCGAGCAGCUCAUGAAAGACACAGAAGAGAAACUCAAACUUAAUGCCGACAGUAUUGAACAGCAUCUCCUGGAACUUCAGGCGGAAAUUGGAGACACCUGUACAGGAGACCGUCCACCCAGCCCGACGGAGUGCCUCCAGUUGUUUAAUCUCAAAAUUCUUAACAAUCUGAGGCCUGUCAGCACAGGACAUCAGGAGCUCAUGUCCUUCUUCACUUGCUUGCAAAAUUACCUGAGGUCAAAAGAGGAAGGAAAAGAAGAGGCAACACUGCAGCUCUUACUUAACCUUUCAUACCAGUGUGGUAUCUGCUUCCCUUGCACCCCAUCUUCAUCCUCUUCUUUCUGUCAUCCUCAAAACUAUGCUGCUUCCUUCCCGUUGAUACAUUCAAUCAAAGAUGACUCUUCAUCCGAGAUCAAGGUAGCAUGGGACGAUGUCCGACUUCAGCUACGCUGUUAUCUGUUGGAGCGGCUGUCUACCGACGGCUCAGCAACUCAUGGAGUUUCUUCCCUGUCCAUCACUGAACGACUCCACUUCCUGCAGCAGUUGUGCUUCUUGUACCCUGAGUCUGAAGUGCUCACUCAUUACCAGGGACUAAGAGGCCAAGCAAUGCUGGCACUCCUGCACUCUGCCAUGUGCUCCAGUCCAGCUGGCAUAACCGGCUUUGACAGAGUGUCUAUGGCCUUCCGUUCUGGGAUUCCAGCUCUCACCCAGGCUCUCACAGAAGACCUCCAUGUCCUUCCAAGAGUAGUUGAGCCACACGCCAUUUUGGGCUUCCUAAAUGGAUCCUACCUCCGCCCUGUAGCUGGUGAAUUGUCCUCACUAAUGGAGAGAGAAAGUGAGACUGCCCUGAGAGACAACACGAUGCCCGGAAGCAAGAUAAAAAGAUACUCAUCCAAGUCUCGAGCAACAGUUGCGCCGAUGGAGGUUCCCGUGAAAAGUAGAAACUUCAGUUUGACCUUCCACCAGUUGAGGGCGUUAACCCAGCUGGCCUGCACAAUGCUGGUCUAUGAGAGCAGCGUCAAAGAGAUGGUCACUAACAUGACAUUCAUUAAUUGUACAGGGGAGGGUCCCUGUGUAAAAGGCAUCUUGAAAAAGGCUAAAGAGGAGUCAGACUUGACAGGAUCAGGGAAGAUAUUCACGACACAAACACUUGAGACAUCAGAGGUUCUGGACUUUGACUGGAGGUCGGCCUUUAGUGGGCUUGCCCCUCAUAUGGCUCACUGUGUAAAAGUGGUCCUGGAUGAUGUUUGUAGCAAGAGUCUUCAGCAGGAAGAAGCCGUCCAUUCCUCAGGGCACUACUCAAUCUUGCUAGAAAAUACAAGAGGAUACAGGAGCAUCAACAACAGAAACAUAAAUGUCACAGAAGACAACUUUGACACUUACUCAGAGCGUGACAUUCCCAACAUGGUCGCCAAGUUCUGUGUUCCAUUGGUUGAGGAGCUGGAUGGCUUGCUACCCCUGGCAGCUGCCUGCAGCGACAGUUCUCUGGUGGAGGUCCCAUCAAGCUUUGUGGAGGCGUGUAGCCAGGCAGCGUUAGCCAUGCUGGGCCGUUUAGAGCAGAGAGCCCUGGAAGUCCCAUCCUCUCUACCCCUGAGACAUCUUCCUGCUCUCUUGGCCACUUGCAUUUACUUGCUCCAACGAUUGGAGCACUACCAUACACGGCUGAAGGACUCCAUCUCGAAUUUAACCAAAGUCCACCUUAGUCUGCUGCCUGUCCAGAAGUACCAGCAAGCCAUUGAGGCCUUGAAAGACCAACUGAGCAGCUAUUGUAUAGAGGUUUGUUCCACCUGUGUUCUUCUGGAUGCGGAGAGCCACCACUGGGCUGACCCCAAACCCUUCUAUGAGGGUGAGCGCUGUUCCUUCUCGGUGCAGAUGUGGUUUUACUUUCUGUGUGGUCUCCGUAGCGACUUGUGGGCUGUUCUUCCACCACAGUUGGCCAAAGAGUUGCUGGGUCAGGUGCUGUCAGAGACAUUACAGGUGUUGGUGCAAAGAUAUGCCAGGGCCCAGCCUUCAUAUAACAGACACCUGCAGAUAAGAUGCGACAUCACAGCAGUGCUGCUGUUUGUAGAGGAGCUGAUGUGGAGUGUGUGUGAAAGUCCUGAAGACUUGAUCCGCCGCGACCCUUCUUCAGCGAUCACUAUAAUAGCGGGCGGCUCUGACUGGCCCUACCAGAUCCACAGCUUAUGCGAACAACUUCUUACAGUUCUCGUCAUUGCCACAGCACCGCUGCCUUUGUUAUAUAGGACAUUCAUGAAUAACGAUGGACAGCGGUCAACACCACAUCAGUUGGACAUGCCGGUGGUCUACUGGCUAAAUGCUUUAAAACCAGAAGUAUUCACAGAACAAGCCAUCCAAGAUGGCCUUAUGGGCCAGGAAGCCUCUGCAUGUCAGCUCAGGUUGCUGACCUCUGACCCAGGAAGCAACCCCAGGUUGCUACUGAGAAUGCUGCUUCACAGAGACUGUCACCUGCCUCGUAUGCUCCUGGAAAACUCUUAUUUAUGCCAAGAGAGCCACCUAGAAAUAUCUACACGGGAUUGUGAGGCAGGCGAUGCUUUCAUCAUUGCACUUUUCAAUAUUUGUAUCUGCCUGAAUGAAAUCCCCAAGGUCUUAACUCAGGUCCUUCAACCAUACCUGGAGAGCGUGCAUGUGUGGGAACAUCUCUACACCGUGACAGAAACAACUCAGAAAGUCCCCGUUGUGGUGGACUGUAUCAGGGUCAUCGUCACCAAGUCCACUAACACAAUUCUGACACACCUGGUUACCAUGGUGACAGACUGGCAGGCUGCAGAGGAUACUGGCAGAGCCUCAUGGGUGAGAGAUGUUCCAGAAAACGUCUUGGCUAAAGUGCCCAAAUGCUGGAACUACACACCACUGGGAGUACGAAGAAGGGAGACUGCUUCUUCUAAGACUGUCACAUGCCUCGCCAUUCGAGCCAUGUCCUUCAUUUUCACUAACCUGCCACUGGUUGUUGCGUCCUUACCCCUCCCCGUCCGCUAUCUCUUCCACGUGGCAGAGAAGCAUCUUUCUCCGCAUGCACGACAAGUGCGCUCCAUGGGACUAUUGCUGUGGUUCCUCUUUAACUGCCUGAUCCGUAGUCUCAGGGACCUUCAAACACUUGAGGAAAUCAGCGGGCUAGCCUUGAACUCUCAUGCCAAGGACCACCUGGCCCUGUUGGCUGAGUGUCUCCAGGCUUCAAUGGGGAUUCAGGAGAAGGGUAUUCCCAAACCCACAGUACACAAGGUGCUGCAGGCUCUGGAGGAAAAAAGACCAAAGUGGAUGAACACACAGCUGCAAAAGGCCCGCAAACUCUGCAUAAACAGCGUCCAAGAGCAAGGCAAGGAAACCGGAGUGGCUGGAUCUGAACUGACUGAGCAGAAAAUGGGCCUGAUGCUGCUGGAGGUCUGCCACAAAGCAGGGGGCAGCAACUACCUGAGGCACAUCCAUCACAUCAUCCAAGGCAAUGAGGAAUUGCUGAUGUCUAAAUUGAGCAGUAACACUGACUUGCCUUGUGAGCCUCCGUACUUGGUGAGCUUUGACGUGACCAAUCAUGUGCGCUCUAACAAAUUCAACCCGAUCCAGGAGUUUGACCGAAUUGGCAAAAAGAAGCUGAAUCAGGCUGAAGUGGUUGAGUGGGAAUGGAACUGGCCAAGGUUGCUGCCUGCAUAUCAGGACAUGUGUCAGCUCACCUUUAAAACACUGUUGGCCAACAGGUGGGAGAUGCAGGAUGGUGCGGAGCUGGAGGACGAUGAGAGAGUGAUGGUAGAAGAGCUCCAAAGAGCCUAUUUUGUUUGUCACUGCGGCGCGGGACUGCAGGAGUCUCAUGAAGCGGAUGAAACGUCGAUUGAGCAGACCCAAGGGGGGCCGCAACCAUCCGAUAAAACUGCUGCCCAAUAACAGUCCGAGCAGUUGGAAUUUUUAUCAUGUUGUAAAUGUUUAGUUGUAAUACGCACUUGCAGCUCUCAAGGUGUUAGAGUGUGUCCGUGUGUUGUGUGUACUGUAUAAUGCAGGUGUCUACAGUAUGGAUGUGUAUUGUUUAACAACGAAAAGUGUGUUCUUCAGUCUAACUGUGUCUCUUUCUUAUUCUCCACAUUCCAGCAGUCAUAUUUCAUCUUUUUGGAGCACUGCUCCAGACAUCAAUUCUGUGAAAUGAAGAAGGCACAUUUUUUUUUUUUUUGCCCAAUACAAGAUGGGACUGUGUGAUCAUUGGAGGUUGUUAUAUAUAUUUUUUUCGACAGCGUGUGAAAAGAUACUGGCGUCAGCAUCCUCAUUAAUAUUAUUAUUGUUAUCAUUUUGGCUUUCUGUGGGAAAGGAUGUUUGUUUUUGAUUGCAGCUUGUUCCAAAAUCUACCCCUCUCUGUCAGUAUUUUGCAACCGUAGGGGGAAAAAAAGGAUUUCCUGUGUUGUUAUAUUAUGUUUUUUUUAAUGUGACAUAUUUGUGACACAUUCAUACAUAGGUUGCAAAGAGAAAAAAAUGAAAGAUUCCGUUAUUUAGUAAAAGUGUGAUUUGAUUGAAAAGCCCAUUUUGUCAUUGUGCGAUCAAUGUUGAAAGUAAAAGCCAGCAAUAAGUUGUAGUUUGCAUCAUGUCCUUCCUUGUUACAUAUACAUACACUCUAAUAGGAUUCUAUACAGGAGUUGCAUGAUUGUAUGGAAUAAUUAUGGUUCAGUUAUUGAGCUACCCAAGUUGAGCAGAAUAUGUAUAUAUAUAUAUAUAUAUAUUUAUCCAGUUAAAUUAAUACCUCUAUGAAAGUAGCAAUCAACCAUGAUCUUUGUGAAGGAAGAUACAUAUAUAUUUUUGGGGAGGAGACCUAUUAUGUUAAAUUAUCCUGAUGUAUGUAAUGUUGUGACCUAUGACUAUUGUAUGUCAAAUUAACCAGAUUCAUUUUUUUUUUUUUUACAAUUUAGCUGGUGCGCACACUAUUUACUUCCUAUGUCAGAAAGCAUCUGUCCUCUUGCAGAGAUGGAUGCUCAGCUUUUAAUGCAAAUGAAGCAACAUUACAAAUACCAAACCACUUAAACGACACAAAAGACAAUAAAAUGUUCAGAAAGUCAGUUCUGCCGCUGUUGCAGAACACACGCUCAACAGCAACAACAGCACCAUUAAUCCUCGCAAAUGUACGCUAUUUAAGAUAACAAAAACGUUUUAGCUGGGUGAUGCAAGUGUUUGAGUAGCUAAAUCGUUCUUUUAAGAUAACUGCUUUCUCCUUUUUGCUUCCUGUUUUUCAGCCAUACUCGAAUAAACGCCUUUUGUGUUCCAUACUGUUUCAAUUGCCGACAGGUGGUGGGUUCAGCUGACACCUGUCA